UCUAGGGUUGUUGCGCAAAUACAGCAAGUAACAACAUAGCAGCAUUGUAAGUUAGUACUUGCACGGAUGCGGCUGUCCUGUUAUCGCUCUCGUAGCAUAAACAUAUAAACACGAUCACAAUAGCUCCGAGCCGAGGCUGGAGGAAGUCAAACAUUCGAUUGUCGUACGGCGACCCCCAUGUAAACACCUUGGAUCGAAUAAACAGGCCAUACGUGCUUCACUUGCUACAUAACGUCCAUUUAAGUUGCAUCUCUGUACCGGAACGUCAAUCUCUCCUUCAGUUUGUUUAAGUAAUUUAAAAAAAGAAAAAAAAGUUGUUCAUCUUCGAAAUUAGCGAUCAGUGAGGAUGUUUAAAGUGCGAAUUUUAAUGGAAAUUUUUAUUUCUUAAUAAUGCGAGAGUUCUUAGAGAUAAUCUUAAGUGUUCUUGAAAGCGUUCAUGACAAAAAUUAAAUUGCAUCUCUUUACAGGAUUGCCAGUUGCUUCUCCACUUUUUUAAAAUAAAAAAUGUAAAUUUGUAUUAAAAAAAAUUGUUCAAAAUUAGAUCUCAGUGUGGGCAUUUAAACAGUUUUAAGCACUUUUUAAUGGAAAAAUUUGUUUCAUAAUAACUCGCGAGUGCUUUGAGAUGAACUGGGGUGCUCUUGAAAGCGUUUAAGGGUUUUUUAGGCGCUUGUUAAGACACACAAGUUAUACAAUCGCUCAUACAAGUUACAUUUCUACUGAAGCGCAUUUGCUUACCCAGUUUUUCUAAAAUGCUUAGAGAUAAACUGGGGUGCUCUUGAAAGCGUUUAAGGGAGGCUGAAGAGCUCGUCGAGACGGCAAGACGGCGUGAGCACCCGAGUGUGCGUUUUGUAAAACUCCACUGUAACGAAGCUUGUUAGCGACUAGCGUACUUUUGUAAGGAGAUUGUCGGCUGCAGCAAGACAGACCUUAGCGAGGUUCGCGCAAAUGGAACUAAUGAGUCCUGUGUUGUUAUGCGCCCUUGUAGUGUUUCUGCCGCAAGCUCUAGGUCAAUCCAGGAGAAAAUCCUCAUCAUACGACAACGAAUUCAAUGAUUCUCUACUAAUCAAGAGAAAGAUGGGUUCAAUCGGGAAGAAUAUUAUUCUUAACAAAAAUGCACCCAUGCACAGUAAAAUCAAUGAUUUGCAAUCAGUAUUUAUGGACCCCGCUUGUACAGGCUGUCACACUUGCAUGGAACGAGCAAUGAAGGCACACAAGUCCCGUACUCAUAUGAUGGAUCCACGGAUUAGUUUAGAAAACUUUCAGGACGAUCGAAAUAUGAUUGAUGAAAGACGCGAUAAACGAAAAGCCGAAUGGGCUGCGUCAAACGUAAAGAAAUCCAAAAGAUCUAAACCGAAAAAUAAUAAAGGUAUAACUCUGAUGAAGUAUAAUCACAACGGUAAAAUAUAUGCUUUGAAAAUUAACGAAACAAACUCAGUACUGGAUGUACACAAUAACAGUGAAACAAUCAUGACAUGCCAAGUGUACAGCGUUAAAAAAUCCGUUUCAUGCGAAUCACCCGAAGCUAAUUUAAUUUUGACCGGUUCAAGAAAGAAAACAACCAAAAAAGGUAAAAAGGGAUACGGCAAACGAGAGACGAAAUCAGUCGAACCGAUGAAAUUAAUCGAAGCGGUAAAAAGAGCUGAAUCGACAAAAACAGUAAUAAUUGCUCCCGUGUAUAGGAAACGCAAUGUAGACGACUCACAAGUGCCUGAACAAAUAAUGUAUUCAAUAGAAGAAAUGUAUUAAUAAAUUGUUCUCAAUAUAGAAGUUAAUAUAAUAUAUGAAGUAAAGUAUUUUUAAACGAAUA